AAGUGCAACUGCUCGUAAACUGAAUCUCCCACCCCGGGACGGAGUCUGUAUAGCCGCCUCCGUCGAACGCUACGGCCUCAGGGGUAUCUACACGCUCCACUACUACAGUGUUUCCCGUGCAGCGAGAUAGUGAGGAGAGACGAGUUCUCUACCCACUGGCGUGACUGCCACGUUGGCGUCCAGACCAGGCUCUCUCACAUCGUGGAGCGCUGCCCCUUGAGAGAUUAUGGCUGUCAGUACGGAGUGCUCCGUCUUACUCCAACUCCGAAUGGAGCGUCAUUGGACUAUAUACCUUUCAGAGGCCGAUUGUGUCUCGGUGAAGUUUCCCGACCAUACGAAGAAGGACUGCAAUAGUCAACCCUUGCCCGGUAGCUACGCCCAGCACAUUCAGAAGCAACAGGAGCUGGCAAUUUACGGUUACGGAGAUGAGUCGGAGAGCUACGACGUUCUUAGCCAGCUGCCACCUAAGGCUAGUGUGUCAGGUAUUAUGUAAAGGCCGUAGGAACUCUCAUUUACAAGAUCAAAAUCAUUUUGUAUCAUGAAAAAGAAGACCAUUCAUUAGAGCGAAAAAUAAUGAUCAGGUAUUUAAGAUUGUGAAAUGUAAAGUCAAUGACAUUUAAAAAGGUAAUGACGUGUUUAGAUUGAUACGAAGGUUGUGGUAGUUAUUAUAGUGGCGGACUAGAGAGCAGUUACAAUAGUCUGUGAGACUAUCUCUUCCUGGUGUCCCCCUCCUGGUCUCCAGGUGAGGGCGCGACCUUCUUCCUCAUCUGAGUGGUCAGAGCCUCCGGUGUACGACAAACUGAACUCUACUGUUGCCUGGUUACCAGUAGUGGUGGGAGGAGCAAGGGGUGUGGUCUCUGUGAUGGGCGUAGUUUCAUGUUCCCCUGCUGUGUGUAUACAAUGGAAGCAGGACACCAUUUGAGGAGGAAAUACAUAAUAUGGGGGCUUGUGAGAACUGAGUAGGAAAGCUCUGCCAACUGGUAUGAUAGCUGGGGCUGGAGGACAAUUCCUGGCCAGUCCCAUGGACAGAGUCAAGAUUAUCCUACAAAUAGAGGGAGCCUCCUCCUCUACCUCCUCUCUCCCUCGGACCAGAGGAACAUGGAGAACUCUGAGAGAUAUAGUUAGGAGAGAAGGAGGGAGAGGUCUGUGGAAGGGCUGGGUUCCCAACUGCCAGAGAGCUGCUCUCGUCUGCCUCGGAGAUCUGACUACAUAUGAUACGGUAAAGCAGUGGAUAUUGCGAAACACCAGUCUCAGAGAUACUGCAGUCACUCAUGCUUUAUCCAGUUUUUCCUCUGGUCUGGUGUCUGCUACUCUCGGUACACCAGCCGACGUUGUAAAGUCCAGAAUGAUGAGUCAGCAGUAUCACCAUGGAAACAGAGGAUCCCUCUAUUCUUCAUCUCUGGACUGUCUCACCUCAACUGUGAGGCAAGAAGGGUUCUGGGCUCUGUACAAAGGUUUCGUCCCCGUCUGGACUAGAAUGGCGCCAUGGUCUCUGACAUUCUGGCUGGUCUACGAGGAGAUUAGAGUUUUAGCUGGCAUUGGAAACUUCUGACACCAGACUAUCUCUCUCUCUCUUGUCUCUCUUCUCUCCUUCUCCUUUCCUCGAUUAUCAUCUCUCUCCUCGCCUCAAUAAUCAUCUCCAUUGCACAGCAAGCCUACCUGU